AUCUUUUAACUGGGGGCUUGGGGUAUUUGAUGAUGAUUAGUAUUUUAAUAAUAAGGGUAAUGUUGGGAAAAAAAAUAAAUUUGAAUUUUGAUGGAAAUAAAUUAUAAAAUCUAACCAGAAGUGUCACAGAGGGUUUCAUUAACAUAACACCCAGCCAAACCCCUCCAAGGCUCCAAGCGCGCGCGCACAAAUUAUAUAAGAUAUGGUAUGCUUGUAUAUAUGCAGAGAGAGAGAGAGAGCAAUUGGGUUUUCUAAUUUUUUCGUUGUCUCCCGCCCUUUCGUGCUAUCUUCGACAUUCGAGCACUUUUGGAGCUUCAGUACUCACUUCACUUGACCCAGCCUUGGGGCUUUGGCGAUUUCUCGUUUGAUGCCCAUGUCAUUUUGUCAUCUCUCUUUCAUCAAUUACGCUUGUAUCAUAUGGCAUUGACAAUCUCAGUUGUGCAAUCAUGUAUCAUGUUAAGUAAAAGCAUUAUUAGAAGGCACCAAAAAGGGCGCAUUCAUGUACACAGAAGUAUACACAAGUGCUUCAGUGACGAAUGCUUGAGAAAUGGGAUAACAUUUGAAGCUGAAAGAGGUUAUAGGAAUGCUUUGGGUAGAAAAAUGAGGUUUAAUAAUUUCAUUUUCUCUAAAAUUUCAAAAAUAUGCUCUCGAUCAAAACAUAAGUUUGCAGGGAAGUUAGUUGAUAGUCAUAAUACAGCAAGCAUUUCAGAUCGGUCGAAGCUGCUUCAUAAGGUGUCUGUCUUGUUGGGUUACGAUGGUCUCCCUGAUUUCAUCGAGAAUGAAAGAGCUCAAGAGGAAUCUGGUUUAACACUUAAAGAUGCAGUAGAUGACUUUGAUGUCUCCUUGGCAUGUAAACAAUUUCCUUCCAUCAUUUUGGGGCGAUCUCCUAUGCUGGAACUAUUUGAUGGGACCACGUGUUACUCUGAAAAUGGUAGUCUUUUAGCAGCCCAAGUUUGUGAAGAAUUUCUCCCCAGUUCUCCGGGUGCAAAGUGGGUUGGCACCAGUAGUCUGUCUGAAACAUGGCCUUCUCAGUAUCCAAGCUUUCCAAAUGAGAAUUCAUCGGUAUUAAGAGAAGAAAAUUCAUAUCCUUCGCUUAAAUCUGUUCAGUCCUCUACUUGGGAGACUAAACCAAAAUCAGAUCUGCAAUUCACCACAGAGGAACCUUCUACUCGAGAUGGGCUCAGAACCCGUCAAAAUGUUGCAUCCAUUGAGUUGAUUCUCGACAAAACUAUCAGUUGCAUAUCUGGAUUGAGUAAGAGGCAGUAUAAUCAGCUGGAAAAUUGUGGCUUCCACACGUUGCGGAAAUUGCUGCAUCAUUUUCCUCGGACCUAUGCUGAUCUACAGAAUGCACAGAUUGGAAUUGAAGAUGGGAAAUACUUGAUUUUUAUUGGCAGAGUCUUAUCAUCCAGGGCAAUUAGGACCAGUCCUUCUUUCUCAUUUCUUGAGGUGGUCGUGGGUUGUGAAGUUGCAGACUGUGAAUCAACUUCUGAACUUAUGGUUGAUGUUAAAAGUCAAGACACAAGAAUUGUAUAUUUACAUUUGAAGAAAUUUUUUCGUGGUACUCGUUUUGCAUUUCUGCCUUUUCUCAAAAGUAUUCAGGAGAAAUAUAAAGAAGGAGAUGUUGUGUGCGUUAGCGGUAAGGUCAAGACCAUGAACAAAAAAGAUCAUUAUGAGAUAAGGGAAUACGAUUUGGAUGUGCUUGAAGAUGGACAAGAUUUAUCUGUUCAUGCGAAAGGGAGGCCGUAUCCUAUAUACCCUUCGAAAGGCCGCCUAAAUCCAAACUUCCUUAGGGAGAUUAUUUUGAGAGCUUUACAAGCCUUGCCUGGCAAUGUUGAUCCUAUCCCUGAAGAUGUUACUCAGGAUUUUGGACUUGUUUGUCUUCGCGAUGCAUAUAUUGGGAUUCACCAGCCCAAGAAUUUAAAUGAGGCUGAUUUAGCUCGCAAAAGGCUUAUAUUUGACGAGUUCUUUUAUCUUCAGUUGGGGCGUUUGUUCCAGUUGCUUGAAGGUCCUGGUACACAGAUAGAGAAGGAUAGAUUGCUGGAUAGGUACAGGAAGCCUGAAUUAAAUGCGGUAUUUGUUGAGGAAUGGUCUAUUCUAACCAAGAAAUUUUUGAAGGCUCUUCCAUAUUCCCUUACUUCUAGUCAGCUAAGUGCUGUUUCAGAAAUUAUAUGGGAUCUUAAGCAACCAGUUCCUAUGAAUCGACUUUUGCAGGGUGAUGUUGGAUGUGGGAAAACUGUGGUAGCUUUUUUGGCAUGUAUGGAGGUUGUUGGCUCAGGUUAUCAGGCAGCUCUCAUGGUUCCAACUGAGUUACUUGCCAUCCAGCACUAUGAGCACCUUCUUAAUUUGCUAGAGAAUGUGGAGGAUGUACAGUGCAAACCUUCUGUUGCUUUGCUGACAGGCUCAACUCCAACCAAACAAUCACGGUUAAUUCGUCAGGGUCUCCAAACUGGAGACAUUUCACUGGUCAUUGGAACCCACAGUUUAAUAGCUGAAAAAGUGGAAUUUUCCACUUUACGCAUUGCUGUGGUAGAUGAGCAACACCGCUUUGGUGUGAUCCAGAGAGGAAGAUUUAACAGCAAGUUAUAUUAUAACUCUGUAAGUUCAAGAAUGGCCAGGACUAAUUCAGAUGGCUCCUCGAACGGUGAUGCAUUUAUGGCUCCUCAUGUUCUGGCUAUGACAGCCACUCCAAUACCAAGGACACUUGCUCUUGCUUUAUAUGGAGACAUGUCAUUGACACAGAUAACUGAUUUGCCUCCUGGAAGAACGCCAGUUCAAACGUAUACUAUUGAAGGAAAUGAGAAUGGUUUUGAGAAAGUUUAUCAGAUGGUGCUGGAUGAAUUAAAAGGAGGUGGAAAAGUUUAUCUAGUGUAUCCAGUUAUUGAGCAGUCUGAGCAACUGCCUCAGCUUCGUGCUGCUUCAGCUGAUCUUGAAAUAAUAUCUAGUAGGUUCUCUGGUUACAAAUGUGGGUUGUUACAUGGAAGAAUGAAGAGCGAUGAGAAAGAUGAAGCGUUGAGACAGUUUAGAUCCGGAGAUGUUAAUAUACUGCUUUCUACUCAAGUAAUUGAGAUUGGUGUUGAUGUUCCUGAUGCAUCUAUGAUGAUUGUUAUGAAUGCUGAGAGAUUCGGAAUAGCUCAACUCCACCAACUCAGAGGGCGUGUUGGACGUGGAGUAAGGAAAUCCAAGUGUAUACUAAUUACAUCUACAGCCAGUAGCCUAAGCCGGUUAAAGGUGCUGGAAAAAUCAUCGGAUGGUUUCUACCUGGCAAACAUGGACCUUAUUUUACGUGGGCCAGGUGACCUUCUUGGGAAGAAACAGUCCGGACACCUUCCUGAGUUUCCUGUUGCUAGAUUAGAGAUAGAUGGAAAUAUUCUGCAAGAAGCACAUCUUGCUGCACUGAAAAUUUUAGGUACUUCUCAUGAUUUAGAGGAAUUCCCAUAUCUCAAAGCUGAACUUAGCAUGCGACAGCCACUGUCUCUUCUAGGUGAUUAAGCUUUCACCAUGGUCAUGGUCGAAUCUGGGGCUCAUCGCCACAUAUCAUUCGGGAGUUCUUGUUGCUGUGUACGUGUUAUAAGGUGCUCUUGGCAGCUCUAUGUUAUGCGACCGACGUGCUUGGUGCUUCCAUCUUACUGGUACAGCUACUUCCAACACCAUUUGUAUAUAUGUUUGGUGAUUGCAUGUAAUCCGCUUGUUUGAUGCGCCCAUGUCGCUGGGACAAGAACUUCCAGAAAAUAUGUAAAUGGCAACCACCCACUGUAAGAGCAAUGAUAUUUCGACUCGUUGAAGCUCGUGUAUGACAUUUUUGAGUUCUCAUCAAUGAUGCUUCCAUUUAAAGGAUGUGCAUUUCAACCAUGUGGUAUGCCAGUGGAAAAAUGUUGGGUUUAAGAUUUAAGUAGCAGAUUCGGAUUUCUGUUAGCUAA